AUGGCGACGCCGAAAAUACUCAAGAAGAGAGGAAGGAAGAAGAAGAAUCCUAAUCCCGAGGAAGUGAACUCGUCUACUCCACGUGGAGAUGACUCAGAGAACCGCUCAAAGUUCUACGAGAGUGCUUCUGCUAGGAUGAGAACUGUGACUGCAGAGGAAAGGGAGAGAGGCAUCACUGCAGCCAAAACCUACGAACCAACCAAUCCUUUCUUCAGAGUUGUUCUGCGGCCAUCUUAUCUCUACAGAGGCUGCAUCAUGUACUUGCCUUCUGGUUUUGCUGAGAAGUACUUAAGCGGGAUAUCUAGUUUCAUCAAGAUCCAGCUAGGGGAGAAACUGUGGCCAGUGAGGUGCCCUUACAAAGCAGGGAGAGCUAAGUUUAGUCAAGGGUGGUACGAGUUCACGCUUGAGAACAAUAUAGGCGAAAGAGAUGUUUGUGUGUUUGAGCUUCUCAGUACUCGGGACUUCGUUCUGAAAGUCACUGCCUUUCGCGUCAACCAGUACGUGUGA